CUGUAGGACCCGCUAUUCCGUUGAUUGGAGAGGGAAAAUGUACCAUACCGUUUCUCUGGAAAAUACCUUCAGAUAUCUCUAAAAACCCUCUGAGGGGAGAUGGCACUCUUCAAGAAUAAUUUCUGGGGGGAGAAGAAUGCCGGCUUUGACGUGCUUUACCACAACAUGAAGCACGGACAGAUUGCCACGAAGGAGCUGGCGGAGUUUGUGCGUGAGAGAGCCGCCAUUGAGGAAACCUACUCAAAGUCGAUGAGCAAACUGGCCAAGAUGGCAAGCAAUGGCAGCCCACUUGGCACGUUUUCGCCCAUGUGGGACGUGUUCCGCGUGUCGUCAGACAAGCUGGCGCUCUGCCAUCUGGAGCUGAUGAGAAAAAUGAAUGACCUCAUCCGCGAUAUCAACAAGUACGGCGACGAGCAGGUCAAAGUGCACCGGAAGACGAAGGAGGAGGUUGUUGGCACAGUGGAGGUGGUACAGGCUUUGCAGGUGCAGAGUGGCCAUUUGCAGAAGUCCAGAGAGGGGUACCAUGCCAAAUGUGUGGAGCUCGAGCGAUUACGCAAGGAAGGAGGACCUCAGAAAGAGCUAGAGAAGGCAGAACUGAAGACAAAAAAGGCGGCAGAAUCGUUCGCAACCUCUAUAGAAAAGUAUAACCGUGUGGGGGCAGACUUUGAGCAGAAGAUGAGUGAGUCUGCUCAGAAGUUCCAGGACAUCGAAGAGGCCCACUUACGACAGAUGAAACAACUGAUAAAAGCGUACUUUCACUCUAUAGAAGACACGCACGUUCAAGUAGGCCAGGUGCAUGAGGAAUUUAAACAGAACGUGGAGAACAUUGGCAUUGACAACCUCAUACAGAAGUUUACCGAACAGAAGGGAACGGGAAAGGACAGGCCAGUGCCCGUCGGCUUUGAGGAAUACAUAUCCACACUGGCGCCGGAAAACAGCAAGAAAAGUCGAGGCAAAGCAUUCCGUAUUCCUGGCCUAGGCAAGAGAGACAAGGAGCCGGACUCCACGGAUUCUGCUGUCACAGAUGCGCCGAACUCUCCACUGGAGGUCGACGACGAGGGCUUUGUGAUCCGAGCUGAUGUUAAUCAAAAUGGCUGCGCGGAAGAGAAGGAAAACAACUUCUACUCCAGCGACUCGGACUUCGACGACGAGGAGCCGAAGAAGUUCCACAUCCAGAUCCGACCGGUGGCCAGCAGCAGCCGCAGCAGCUCCGCCGCCAAUGAACUGGAGCUCAAAGCCACGGUGGGGGCCCUGACCCUGCCCCCCAACAGAGGGGUAUCGGUAAAGAGGCAUCUAUCACGGAACUCCAGCACGGCUGGUCGUUCAGAAGGAGAAGGAGAGGGCGCCACCCAGAGAGAGGGAGAACAGGAGGGACUGCGCAGGUCCACCUCCAGCCCCGACCAGAGCAGGUUAAGCUCCACUGUGUCUAGCUCGGAGCCUCUGUUUGGACCGCCUUUGGAGUCAGCCUUCAAAUCAAAGAGCUUUGCGGGCAGAGAGCAGCUGCAGACCGGCUUUGGAGCCUCUGAAUACGCCGCCUUCUCGUCUGAUUCUUCUUCUCCUGAGAAUGUGGAGGACUCUGGGCUGGACUCUCCUUCCCAUCAGCCACUGGGAGCAUCUCCAGAGCCGACAGGUUGGGCGGCGUGGCCUACAUCAUCUCAACCCAAGGAGCAGGUCGGUCUGGGGCGGCCCGUCGACCCUUUCCUCACCGCCUUCCGGGACCCUUCCCCGGGACGCCCCCCUCACGGUCAAGACGACCCCGCCAACGCGUGGGGCUCGGCCCAGCGUACCCCCCGAGCUCUGCCCGACAUGGAGCCCGGUCCCUUCGCCUUCCCUUCCUUCUCCCACAGCCUGGCACCACCAGAGCUGGACAACUCCAUGUGGAACUGCAAGCACAUCCCAUCCGAGGACCCCUUCCUGGCUGCCUUUGAGAGGACUCUCCCCCAGGACACGUUACCGCCGCCGCCGGACGCCUGGGCUCCCCCGCCCCCUCGGCCGUCCCGGGAGGGCAGGGGGAUGGAGGGCCGCGCGGACCCUUUUUCCGUCGGUAAAAACGACAGUAAAACCCUCCCUCCCCCCUCUUCCUCCCGCAAGGACAGGGACAGGAAGAGAGACCGCAGCGCCCCGCCUCCGGAUUCCCCGGACGACCCCUUUGCCAUCACUAUGAUUGGCAGCCCCACGCACCAGUCGUCGCUGGCGGCAGCUGCAGCCGUAUCUCAGAGCAGCAACAGCAGUAAUAGGUUAAGCCCCAGCCCUAACCCUGCCUCAGCCACUCAGCCCAAAAAAGAACUGGCGCACUGGAACUCCAUCCACAACCCCUUUAACGAGGCGGUCAUCACUGGGACCCAGCCCGGAUCAGCUCCGGACGGAGGCAGGAAACAGAGAGGACACAAAGACGAGCCCCGGAGGAACGGGCCGCCGCUCACGCGCCAUUCGGGUCCGCAGGAAGACCUCUGCUUCUCCACCGACAAAGACCAGAACUGCCUGGACCUGAACACGCAGCCCGUCUGUAACGUGAACCCCCACACAGGCUCUCAGCAUGGCUUCAGGCAGGAGAGUGUGGAACGGCUGGUGGUUGCCCCCCCUUGCUCGUCGCGUGCCAAGAGGUCCACAGGGCGUCUGAGUGGCUGUGAGCGAUCCAGGUCUCUCUGCUCCUCUCCUCUGCCUGAACCCAGCCCUCCCCUCACCUCCUCCUCCUCCUCCAGCCCCAGCGAGUGGGGCGGUCAGACCCGAGCCCCUAGCCCUGCACGAGGUUUGUCUCGAGGGCCAAGUCCCAUCUCCCUCAGCACACAGGAGUCUUGGCCCGUGGCCGCAGCCAUUACCGAGUACAUCAACGCUUACUUUAAAGGUGGAGAACACAACCGCUGCCUAGUGAAGAUCACAGGUGACCUCACCAUGUCCUUUCCAGCGGGAAUCACUCGAAUCUUCACUGCCAACCCCAACGCACCAGUGCUAAGCUUCCGAUUGGUCAACAUCUCUCGUGUGGACCACUUUCUACCCAAUCAAAAGCUACUGUACAGCGACCCUUCUCAGACCGAUCCAGACUCCAGAGACUUCUGGUUCAACAUGCAGGCCCUCACGUUCCACCUUCAGAGAGAGGCCGAGCUCAACCCACAGGCUUCUUACUAUAACGUGAGAAUACUGAAAUAUCAGGUGUCGUCUCAAGACCCCGGCAGGGCUCCUCUACUGCUGUCGGCGGAAUGCCAACGCAGCGGCACGGUCACCCGCGUUUCCCUCGACUACCACUGUUGCCCGGCGACGGCUCCUGCCACCCAGCUCACCGCCGUGCAGGUGCUGCUGCCCCUCGACCACACGGCUACGGACCUCCAGUGCCAGCCGCCCGCCUCGUGGAACGCUGAGGAAAGACGACUGCUGUGGAAACUGCCCAACCUCUCUCCCACAAAUCAUAGCAAAGGCUCUGGCACACUUUGCGCCAGCUGGCAGUGCCUGGAGGUUCCCCGCGGCCCUCCUCCCAGCCUGGCCGUGCAGUUUGUGGGCUCUGGGGCCUCCCUGUCGGGCAUGGACGUGGAGUUGGUGGGCAGCCGCUACCGCAUGUCCCUCGUGAAGAAAAGUUUUGCCACAGGGAAGUACAUGGCGGGAUGUUCGUUGUGAGAGAGGUGAUGCUACGUCAGCGGUUCCAACAG